AUGCCGUGCCGUCGUUCAAAAACUUCCUCCAAAAAAUCACAAGCUCGAUUUAAGGCACUAAAGGCUGCUUGUAAAUUACAAGUUCAUCAACUUAAGGAAGUUACAACUUUGACAGAGUUUGGAAUUUUGCAAUCUGGGCAAAUUUGUCAACAAGAAGAAGAAACGCAAUUCCAUAAUGAACUGUGGGCCAUUAUCCAAAAAGAAUGUUGGGAAGCCCAAAAGAAGAUUAUACAGCAGGAUGAAGAAAUCGUCGAACUAAGGAAAGAAUUAGGUCAACUAAAAAAGGACUAUGAAAUAGCUACUUUUACUUGGCACGCUCCUGUUAGUCAUUUUUUUCAAGUACCAGAGCAUUUAAUAGAAUAUAAGCCUGAUGAAGAUUCGACCGAUUCCUCCUUCUCUACUACUUUUUAUGACCAGAUAUUUGUUGCCGAUGGUCUUGAAUAUGUUGAUGAUAAUAAUAUUAAUAAACAAUUAUAA